AUGCAGGCAGCGCCAUCAACACCAAUUGAUGCAUCUAAAUUCGUUGCAUAUGUUACCGAACGGCGGAAAAAAAGGAUUUUAUUCAAGGGCGAAUAUAUUAUGAUAUUACGUUCGGUUGAUACGGCUAAAUGCCGCUCUGAUAUUGGCCAAGCGAUGAAUGUACGUAAUCAAUUUCCCGAUACACUACCUUAUGAUUAUAAUCGUGUAAUAUUACGCAAAUUACGUGGUGAUGAAGAUUCGCAUUAUGUUAAUGCCAGCUAUGUUAAUAGUUGGUUACGGAAAAAAGCCUAUGUUGUAACGCAGGCAGUCAAAACAAAGCCAGCCAUUGCAGAAUUCUGGCGAUUUAUUUGGGAGCUUGGCUCAAAUUGUAUUGUUAUGUUAACUAAAGUUUUUGAUUUUAUGCGGGUAAUGUGCCUUCAGUAUUGGCCUGCUGCUUGCAGUGAAUAUAACGGGAUUGAAGUAGAGACUUUAGAGACCAAAACUUACGCCCAUUUUGUCAUUCGAACGUUACGAUUAUCGAAGAUGGAUUCUGAUGUAGGCCAACAAAGUCGUGUAAUUAAACAUUUUCACUUUACUGAAUGGGAAUUAAACAGUUUUCCAUAUAUUAGCGCUUUUAUUGAAUUACGUCGGCGAGUUCGUCAAUAUACCGAUAAAUUUCAUGUUGAUGCACCGAUUGUUGUGCAUUGCAGGUUUGUACCUAUUUUUAAAAUUUUAUCUUUUUAAAG